UCGUCGGUUGAACAUUGAUUGAGACGGAGACCCCUUCUUCACUCUCUUUCUUUCUCUCUCCUUCUCUACGCGAUCUCUUUCACUUACUUUCUUUCAAUUGCGAAUAUUUUCACCUCAAAUCACUACAAAAUCCUUCUCUAUUUGUCGCCUUUUGUGUCUCUGCGAGUCUCUUGGGGCUCUCACGCGGAGCUCCGAAUGCUUCGGGAAACUUCCUCACUCAGAUUCUAGCUGAAAAUUGCAGCGACUUCACUUCAAAUUCAGAGUCGAUUAAGUCUCUGCCUUUUCACCAUUUUUGGGUACCCUUUUCCUAAUUUCACUCGAUAAUCAACAAGUUCUUUGCAAUCAAUAAUUUUCAGUAACUGAUUACUGUCACUCUGAAGUUAUUGCUUCUGGAAUUUGUGAAUCUCCUACUUUUAAAGGUUAAUGGCUGUGUCCUGGCUUUUGUAACGCCGGUCACUGACAUGAAAUGAUAGAUUUUUUGAACUAUUACUGUGAUCCUUUUGAGAAACUUGCUUGCCACAUCUCAAUUUAUAAAAUACAAAUAUGCAUUCAUGGUGGGAAAAAUUGCUAUCAAAAGAAACCAAGAAGAAAGCAAGUAAAGAAAGUUUUUUUGACACACUGCACCGAAAAUUUAGAUUUCCAUCUGAAGGUAAACUAAGCAUUAGAUCUGGAGGAUCCCGUAGACAUUGCAAUGACACAAUUUCAGAGAAGGGAGAUCGUUCUCCAUCAGAAUCAAGGUCUCCUUCACCUUCCAAAGUGGCAAGAUGUCAAAGUUUUGCUGAAAGGCCGCAUGCUCAUCCACUUCCACUUCCUGGUCUGCACCCUUCAAGUGUAGGCCGAGUAGAUUCCGAAAUUAGCAUAUCAUCAAAGUCAAGAUUGGAAAAAGUCUCCAAGUCAUCAUUGUUUCUUCCACUUCCAAAACCUGGAUGCAUACGUUGUAAACCAAACCCUGCAGAUGUAGAUGGAGAUAUGGUCACUGUUUCAGUCUUUAGUGAUGGCUCUGGUGAUAGUGAUGAGCUGGCAGACUUGCACAAUCGUAGUCCUUUAGCAACUGACACUGAGACUGGGACUAGAAAUGCUGCUGGCAGUCCAUCCAGCUCGAUGCUCAAGGAUCAACCACCUACUGCUUCCCAACUGAAUUCAACAGGAGUUAAAAAACCAGGAAAUAUUCUUAGUAAUCAUGUGUCUUCUACUUCACCAAAACGGAGGCCUUUGCGCAACCAUGUUCCAAAUCUUCAGGUUCCUCCUCAUGGUGCCUUCUAUAGUGCUCCUGAUAGUUCCUUGUCAAGUCCAUCAAGAAGUCCAUUGAGAGCAUUUGGCACAGAUCAGGUGUUGAAUUCUGCUUUUUUGGCUGGAAAGCCAUAUUCAGAGGUCAAUUUUGUUGGAUCUGGGCAUUGCUCUAGUCCAGGUUCUGGUCAUAAUUCUGGGCAUAAUUCAAUGGGUGGGGACAUGUCAGGACAGUUAUUUUGGCAACCAAGCAGGGGUAGCCCUGAGUAUUCUCCAGUACCUAGUCCCAGAAUGACUAGCCCUGGUCCAAGCUCUAGAAUUCAGAGCGGAGCAGUCACACCUAUUCAUCCCAAAGCUGGGGGAGCACCCACUGAGGCACAGAAUGGAUGGGUUGAUGAUGGAAAACAGCAGACUCAUCGAUUGCCUCUUCCUCCUUUGACAGUUACCAAUUCCUCACCGUUCUCUCAUUCUAAUUCUGCAUCAACAUCUCCAUCCGUGCCAAGAAGUCCAGCUAGAGCAGAUAAUCCAAGCUCUGGCUCACGUUGGAAAAAAGGGAAGCUGCUUGGCAGCGGCUCAUUUGGACAUGUCUAUCUUGGUUUCAAUAGUGAAAGUGGCGAAAUGUGUGCAGUCAAGGAGGUUACCCUGUUUUCAGAUGAUCCUAAGUCUAUGGAAAGUGCUAAGCAAUUUAUGCAGGAAAUUCAUUUAUUAAGCCGUUUACAGCAUCCAAAUAUUGUGCAGUAUUAUGGUUCUGAAACGGUUGAUGACAAGCUUUACAUAUACCUUGAGUAUGUAUCUGGAGGCUCUAUACAUAAACUUCUUCGAGAAUAUGGGCAGUUUGGUGAACUAGUUAUUCGUAGUUAUACUCAACAAAUUUUAUCAGGGCUUGCUUAUUUACACGCUAAAAAUACUCUGCAUAGGGACAUCAAAGGAGCAAAUAUACUGGUAGAUCCAAAUGGCCGGGUCAAGUUGGCAGACUUUGGCAUGGCAAAACAUAUAAAAGGGCAGUCGUGUCCAUUGUCAUUCAAGGGAACCCCUUACUGGAUGGCUCCUGAGGUUAUAAAGAACUCUAAUGGAUGCAACCUUGCAGUGGAUAUAUGGAGUCUUGGAUGCACAGUUUUGGAAAUGGCUACGACCAAACCUCCUUGGUUUCAGUAUGAAGGGGUUGCUGCCAUGUUCAAAAUUGGUAAUAGCAAGGAGCUCCCAACAAUCCCAGAUCAUCUCUCAAAUGAAGGAAAAGAUUUUGUUAGGAAAUGUCUUCAGCGUAAUCCGCAUGAUCGUCCUUCUGCCAGUGAAUUAUUGGACCACCCUUUUGUAAAACAUGCUGCACCUGUGGAAAGACCUAUUCUGGCUCCUGAAUCGCUGGACCCUUUUUCUGGGAUUACACAGGGAGCAAAAGCUCUGGGCAUUGUACAAGGAAAGAAUCUUUCUAGCUUGGAUUCAGAUAGACUUUCUGUUCAUUCUUCUAGAUUUUUGAGAACUAAUCCUCAUGAAAGUGAAAUCCAUAUUCCGAGGAAUAUAUCUUGCCCUGUCUCUCCCAUUGGUAGCCCACUUUUGAGGUCAAGAUCACCACAGCACAGGAAUGGAAUAAUGUCUCCUUCUCCUAUAUCUAGCCCUCGGACUGCUUCUGGGGCAUCCACGCCUCUCGCUGGUGGCAGUGGUGCCAUUCCAUUUGGUAAUCACUCUAAACAGUCAAUUUACUUCCAAGAAGGUUUUGGAAGCAUGCCAAAGUCCUCAAACGGUGUCUACAUUAAUGGCCCUGGUCAUCAUGACUUAAGUGUUGACAUUUUUCGAGGAAUACAAAUAGGGUCUCACAUUCCAUCAGAACUGGUUUCCAGUGAAAAUGAUGUUCUGGUUAAGCAGUUUGCAAGGCCUCCUCAUCCAGAAACAUAUGAUUUUCAGUCAGUCUUGGCUGAUCGUGUUGGCCGGCAGCUGCUAGGGGAGCAUGUUAAGAUUAACCCAUCGCUUGAUCUCAGUCCCAACUCAUCUUUGUUUAGCCGGCCAAAUGGUUUAUGACAUCAAUAUUUUUCCUCAAGUUUCUCAUAAUACCUUUGGUUAUGCAGAUCUGUUCAUUGUUCUAUUUGCAAGAAUAUAAUUAUACAAUAAGGAGCCAAAGCACAAGAGAAUCAAUGUAAAUAAAUUUGCAUCCGAGAAUAGGCUACAUGAGGCACAAAAGUGUAUUUUGCAUGGCUUCAGGCUCUGGCUUGUGGAGUUCAUUAAUUCGUGUCACAGCAUUAAACUCUCUGACAAUUUGUCCAUAUCAAGCAAUCAACUCACAAAUGCUUACUUGUUGGCAAAGAGGAACUUCUUGUAUGUAACAUAUUUAAGAUGCAGCGUGAACGCAUGAGACGUUUCUCUGCUGUGCUUUAAGAUACUAGAAAUGACAGAGUUCUUGCAAUGACAAAUGCAUCUUCUGGAGUUGGAACACCAUAUAGAUGCCAGAAAAAUGGUUAAAUUGAUACAAAACUUAACUUGUAGACUAUUUUUUGGGAGGUUAGACAUUGUUGUACAGUAGAUGGGAAUCUGUGUUGUGAUUAUGCAUUUAUGGAUGGGAAGUCAAGUUUGGUACAGAGUCCAUGCAUGUCAUGUUUAAUUGUGGACUCAGAUGUAUUAGUCAUUGUAUACUACCGGAUCUGUCCUGCGGCUGUACAUUAUUAUUCAACAGUAAAAGGGAAGAAAUCUAAUCUUAUGAUCCUCCAAUCGGUUUAUGCAGGGUUUUGGAACAAAUAUAGUUGGAUGAGAAAAAAUGAAUGCUUUGAAAACACCAUUGAAUAUA